ACCUAGACUAGACCGGAGCAGACGCGAAAAAGCGACAUUUGGUUGGCGGGCCAUUCAGUUGCCGCGCAGCUGAAGGGAGAGAAGCACCAAAAAGCAACAGCAUUCUUCAUACAUAACCGUUGAUCAUGUCGCUCUAUCGCAUUUCCGCACGUAAAUUGGCCGAUGCACAGAAACUUCCCAAUGUUGGAUCAUAUGUGCGCCUGAUCUCGGCCGAUGGACGCAGCCUGCGCGACGUACUGACCGCCAAGGUGCCCGAGGAGCAGGAGCGCGUGAAGAACUUCCGUAAGCAGCAUGGCGCCACCAAGCUGGGAGAGACCACCAUUGACAUGAUGUAUGGCGGUAUGCGCGGCAUCAAGGCCCUGGUCACGGAGACCUCUGUGCUGGACGCUGAUGAGGGUAUCCGCUUCCGCGGCCUCUCCAUCCCCGAGUGCCAGAAGGUGCUGCCCGCCGCCCCCGGUGGCACUGAGCCCCUGCCAGAGGGUCUGUUCUGGCUGCUGUUGACCGGCGAGGUGCCCACCCAGUCCCAGGUGCAGCAGCUCUCCCGCGAGUGGGCCGAGCGCGCUGCCCUGCCCCAGCAUGUGGUCACAAUGCUGAACAACAUGCCCACCAGCCUGCAUCCGAUGUCGCAGCUGGCCGCCGCCGUUACGGCCCUCAACCACGACAGCAAGUUCGCCAAGGCCUACUCCGAGGGUGUGCACAAGAGCAAGUACUGGGAGUACGUCUAUGAGGACAGCAUGGAUCUGAUCGCCAAGCUGCCCGUGGUGGCCGCCACCAUCUACUGCAACACGUACCGCGGCGGCAAGGGCUCCCGCUCCAUUGACUCGAGCCUCGAUUGGUCCGCCAACUUCGUGAAGAUGCUCGGCUACGACAAUGCCCAGUUCACCGAGCUGAUGCGCCUCUAUCUGACCAUCCACAGUGACCACGAGGGUGGCAAUGUCUCUGCCCAUACCGUGCAUUUGGUUGGCUCCGCCCUGAGCGAUCCCUAUCUGUCGUUCGCCGCUGGCAUGAACGGUCUCGCCGGCCCCCUGCACGGCCUGGCCAACCAGGAGGUGCUCGUCUGGCUGCGCAAGCUCCAGAAGGAGGCUGGCAACAAUCCAUCGGAGGACCAGCUGAAGGACUACAUCUGGAAGACCCUCAAGUCUGGACAGGUUGUGCCCGGCUAUGGACACGCUGUGCUCCGCAAGACCGAUCCCCGCUACACCUGCCAGCGCGAGUUUGCGUUGAAGCAUUUGCCCGAGGAUGAGCUGUUCCAGCUGGUGUCGAAGAUCUACAAGGUGGUGCCCCCAAUCCUCACCGAGACCGGCAAGGUGAAGAACCCCUGGCCCAAUGUAGACGCCCACUCCGGCGUCCUGCUGCAGUACUACGGCAUGAAGGAGAUGAAUUACUACACCGUUCUGUUUGGCGUCUCCCGUGCCCUCGGCGUGCUCGCCUCCCUUGUCUGGGAUCGCGCCCUGGGUCUGCCCAUUGAGCGCCCCAAGUCAUACUCCACCGAUCUUCUGGUCAAGAUGGUCCAGAAGUAAGACGCUGGUCGACGAUGGCGGCGCAGUGAUGGGGAUGGGAUGGAGGGAAGUUCUAGACGCAGGUGCGGUCGCAGAAGAUUAAUUUUUCUUCUUCUGCGGACUGUAGCCAAGUAAUAAACGAGAGAGAGAGAGAGAGCGGAGUGACGGAAAGAGCAGAGAGAAGAGAAAUUAAAUGGAGAUUGUGUAGUAGAAACAGCAACCAAAUAUGAACCAACAGCUAAACAACAACAAAACUGCUUAGAACAACAAACAGAAGCAAACAACAAUGGAAGAGCAACAACAAAAGAAAGAUGAAGGCAGAAAACUUACCUUUAACUUAGUAAAAAUAAUUACACUCAGCAAAAGCGAAAAA